CGCGGCUUCCCGGAAGUGGCCCCGCGGUAGGGGCAGGCCUGGGCUUCAUCUGCGGGUGUGGGGUUCACGGCGUUGGUAUUGGUGGCACUAUGAGUUGCUUCGAGGGACAGAUGGCCGAGUAUCCAACCAUCUCCAUAGACCGCUUCGACAGGGAGAACCUGAGGGCCCGCGCCUACUUCCUGUCCCACUGCCACAAGGAUCACAUGAAGGGAUUAAGAGCCCCUGCCUUGAAAAGAAGGCUGGAGUGCAGCUUGAAAGUUUGCCUAUACUGUUCACCUGUGACUAAGGAGUUACUGUUAACUAACCCGAAAUACAGAUUUUGGGAGAAACGAAUUAUGUCUAUUGAAAUCGAAACUCCUACCCAGAUAUCUUUAGUGGAUGAAGCAUCAGGAGAGAAGGAAGAGAUUGUCGUGACUCUUUUACCAGCUGGUCACUGCCCGGGAUCAGUUAUGUUUUUAUUUCAGGGCAAUAAUGGAACGGUCUUGUACACAGGAGACUUCAGAUUGGCAAAAGGAGAAGCCGCUAGAAUGGAGCUUCUGCACUCUGGGGGCAGAGUCAAAGACAUCCACAGUGUUUAUUUAGAUACUACUUUCUUUGAUCCAAGAUUUUUCCAAAUUCCAAGUCGGGAGGAGUGUUUAAGUGGAAUCUUGGAGCUGGUUGGAAGCUGGAUCACUCGGAGCCCGUACCAUGUUGUGUGGCUGAACUGCAAGGCAGCUUAUGGCUAUGAAUAUUUAUUCACCAACCUUAGUGAAGAAUUUGGAGUCCAGGUUCAUGUGGAUAAGCUAGACAUGUUUAGGAACAUGCCUGACAUCCUUCAUCAUCUCACAACGGACCGCAGCACUCAGAUCCACGCAUGCCGCCAUCCCAACGCAGAGGAAUAUUUUCAGUGGAACAAAUUACCCUGUGGAAUUACUUCCAAAAAUAGAAUUCCGCUCCACACAAUUAGCAUUAAGCCGUCUACCAUGUGGUUUGGAGAAAGAACCAGAAAAACAAAUGUAAUUGUGAGGACUGGAGAGAGUUCCUACAGAGCUUGUUUUUCUUUUCACUCCUCCUACAGUGAGAUUAAAGAUUUCUUGAGCUACAUCUGCCCUGUGAAUGCUUAUCCAAAUGUCAUUCCAAUUGGCACAACUAUGGAUAAAGUUGUAGAAAUCUUAAAGCCUUUAUGCCGGUCUUCCCAAAGUAUGGAGCCACAGUAUAAACCACUGGGAAAACUGAAGAGAGCCAGAAUAGUCCACCAAGACUCAGAGGAGGAAGAUGAUGAUCUCUUUGAUUAUCCUCUGCCAAUACCUUUAAGGCACAAGGUUUCAUACCAGAAAACUUGUCACCCUGAGGCACUUUCAAUGACUGCAGCAUCAGAAAACCAGCCUGAAAAACAGAGACAACGCCCAGGAUGCUGCAGAGCAGAGAGCAUGGAGAGCUCUCGUUUCACAAACUUUGUAGAUUGUGAAGAAUCCAACAGUGAAAGUGAAGAAGAAUUAGAAAUCCCACCUUCACUGCCAGGAGAUCUGGGCUCUGUACUUCACCAGCAAAAGGCUGAUGGGGAUGUACCCCAGUGGGAAGUAUUCUUUAAAAGAACUGAUGAAAUCACAGAUGAGAGUUUGGAAAACUUCCCUUCUUCCACAGAGGCGGGGGGAUCUCAGUCACCAAAGCUUUUCAGUGACUCUGAUGGAGAAUCAACCCACAUCUCCUCCCAGAAUUCUUCCCAGUCAACACACAUAACAGAACAAGGAAGUCAAGGCUGGGACAGCCAAUCUGAUACUGUUUUGCUAUCUUCCCAAGAGAGAAACAGUGGGGCUAUUACUUCCUUGGACAAAGAUGACUACAGACCAACAAUCAAAGAGAAGAUUCCUGCCUCUCUCAUGGAUCAAAAUGUAAUUUGCCCAAAGGAUACUUGUUCUGAUUUGAAGAGCAGAGAUGAUGAUGUAACAAUAGUUCCUGGUCCUGGAGAACUAACUACUAUAAGCAUGGAGAAACACAUACCUGAGGAAAAAAGUUUGCUAAAUCUUAGCACAAAUGUAGAUUCCCAGAGCUCUUCUGAUUUUGAAGUUCCCUCAACUCCAGAAGCUGAGCUACCUAAACGAGAGCAUUUACAGUAUUUAUAUGAGAAGCUGGCAACUGGUGAGAAUAUAGUAGUCAAAAAAAGAAAAUGCUCACUCUUAGAUAUUUAAUAAUUCAAAGUGCUUCAACCUAGAGCAACCACUAAAAAACCUGCACAGAGAUGACGGUCAAUAUUACAGUAGAGAAAAUGUAAUACUUAAAAAUGUUCAAGUAACCUGGCUGGGUAUGCUGGCUCAUACCUGUAAUCCCAGCACUUUGGGAAGCUAAGGUAGGCAAUCACUUGAGCUCAGGAGUUCGAGACCAGCCUUGCUAACACAGUGAGAUGUGUCUCUACUUACAAAAAA